GCAGCCCCCUUCACGGACCACGGUACGAUUCAUGGCCACAACGAUGUUAACCGCGGCACCUUCACUGUCCACUAAUAUAAACCGUGAGGGUUCAUGGGCAUCAACGAUCGCAUGUAAAGUUUCAGACACCGUUUCUACUCCCUCCUCUGUCACAGGCAUAGCAUCAGGCGAGCCAAGAUGGUUGGCAUAGAGGAGAAGGUCCAUGUCCUUGUGGUCACCUUCCCAGCACAAGGCCAUGUUAAUCUAGCCAUCCGCCUCGCCCGCUGCCUUGCCGCCUCCAACACCAGCCUUCUCGUGAGCUUAGCGGCCAUCGAGGCCAUCGCCCAGCAGAUGCACGAUGCCGGUGGCAUCACUACCAGUGGCUCUGACGGGCACAUCAGCUUCGAGACCUUCUCUGAUGGCCAUGGUAUCGAUGAUGAUCGCAAUGACGCGUUCAUGGCCCAGCUCAGCACUGCUGGUCCGGGAGGACUGCUGGCUCUGAUAGAUGACCUCCGGGCCUCGGGCAGACCUGUGCACUGUCUUGUGAGCAACCCAUUUGUCCCGUGGGUCGUGGAUGUGGCGGAGCGCUUCAGCAUCCCAUGCGCGAUGCUCUGGGUCCAGUCGUGCUCUGUCUAUGCCCUCUACUACCGAAGCUUCUAUAGGCUCGGCGAGUUCCCGACGCCUGAGAGACCCGACAUAGACGUCAGCCUUCCGGGGCUCCCCGUGCUCAAAAGGAGUGAGAUUCCGAGCUUCCUGGUGCCCUUUGAGCCUACACUGUACCAAUGCUUGGGUGAUGUGAUAUUCGACCACAUCAGGAAACUGAAGAAGGUUAGAUGGGUGCUGGGGAACUCGUUCCAUGCACUCGAGACUGAAGCGAUUCAGUCAAUGUCGGAUCUCACACCUAUCAUACCCGUCGGCCCGCUCGUGCCCAUGGAGCUGCUGGGCAAAUCCACGGCUGUCGAGGCAGGGGGAGAUCUAUGGAAGCCGGAAGAUGACUGCCUGGAUUGGCUCAGCCAUCAGCCCCACAAAUCAGUCAUCUAUGUUGCCUUUGGAAGUGUUGUGAUCCUAUCCCCGAAGCAAAUUGAGGAGUUAGCAUGGGGCCUCGCGGGCGGCGGACGGCCCUUCCUCUGGGUGGCAAAGCCCUUUGACAGAACGUCUGAGUUCCGGCUGCCCGACGAAUUCCUGGAUGCCAUUGCCGGACGGGGCAAAGUCGUCAAAUGGUGCCCACAGGUGGAGGUACUAACCCAUCCAUCCAUCACCUGCUUCUUGACACACUGUGGAUGGAACUCGACUCUCGAGACUAUCGCAGCCGGCACCCCAGUCCUAGCACUUGCUCACUGGGGUGACCAAGUCACCAACGAAAAGUUUCUGGUCGACGUCUACAGUGUCGGGAUCCGGCUCGAGCGCUACUCAGAGGGCGUGGUUCGAAGAGAGGAGGUUUCCAGGUGCAUAGAGGAGAUAACUAAGGGGCCAAGGGCGUCGACAAUUCGAGAGAAAGCCAUGAAAUUGAAAGAUGCGGCGAGAGAAGCGUUGGAGGUGGAGGGCUCCUCUGAUAAGAACCUGAGGGCCUUUGCGGAGGAGGUCAUGGCCAUGGCCAUGGCUCGUGGGGAGGAGGCGAUCCGGGCUUGCUCACCCACCCUCAAUGAAUUUGAAGGACCAAUCACCUAAGGAAUGAAUUCUCUCAAUCGCUUAGUUUAGUAUGAAUUUGCUGUGUUUAUUAGCUCCUCUUGUAAUUGAUUAGUUGUGUUGUUAUCCGGAAGACUAGAGUUGGGAACUAUCCAUACAAGCACUAAAACCUGCUCAGGCAAUGAAAAUGAAUAGC